AGUGGUAUUGUGGUAACAGUAGCCAUGGCUGCAAUUGCAGAAGAAAAGUGGAGAGAGGUGAGUAGCCACAGCCAGCAACUGCUCCCCGUCCUCUGCUGCUGCCCCUGCCCUCCUCCAUCUCCACCACCUCCAGUGUGUGGUGUGGUGGUGGCAUACUGGUAUCUUUGUAUGGCUUGUAGCCUGAAACCCUUUUGUCUCCUUUUCCCCUCCCCCUCCUCCUCCACACUCUACUUCACUUCCUCUCUUUUGGUUGCUAGCUUCUUUCUCUCACUCUACUCUCUCAUUGCCUACUGAUGCUUGCAGUUGCAGAGAGAUGAUUGAUGCUCCUCUUGCAGUAGAGUGUCCUGCUCAACUUGGAGCUGGAGCUUUCUUCUUCUCCUCCUCCUACUUUUGAUGGUUGCUUUGGUUUUUCUGGCUUGAGGGCUGGGUGAAGCUUCCAUUUUUGCUUUGCUGGUCUUGGUGCUGUUAAAGGUGGCGUCUUGGGAAGAAAUCUCCGGGAAAGAUUGUUGCUUUGCCGCCGGUUUCGCGGCAAAUCUUGGGGCGGGCGGGCGGUUGAUUGCGUUGGAAGAGGUCGGCUUCGUGAGGGAAUCUUGCUUGCGGCGGGAUCAAUCGCGCCGUUCCGCCCAUCGCUGGGUUGCUUGCUUUUUGGGCGGUUCUUUGGUGCUGCCUUUUUGCGGUGAAAGGCGGGAUCUUGCGGCCGCUCGCGGUGGCGUCGCUGGAUCGGUGGAGGCCUGAUCUCUGUGCGGGAUUCUCCUCGUCGCCGGCAUUGCUGGGCCGAGCUCGCCGGUCUCCGGCUGAUGCGGUGAGGCGGCGGAGCGGAGCCUCGCGCCGUGCUCUACUGCUCUGAGUGGACUGCUGCGCGCGCCAGGUGUUCGGCGAAAGGCGCGAGCAGCAUGAGGGACUUCCCUUCCUGCUUCGGGGAGAGCGGCGUCCAGAUCGCGGACGCGUCGUCGUCGUCGUCGAGCGCCGGCAAGGGCACGGCGCAGAACCUGGUGACCUGCCUCUACCAGACGCAGUUCUCGGGCCGGCCAUGCGUGAUCUCGGUGACAUGGAGCAAGAGCCUCAUGGGGCAAGGGCUCAGCAUUGGCGUGGACGACCUGUCCAACCAGUGCCUGUGCAAGGCCGACAUCAAGCCAUGGCUCUUCUCCAAGAAGAAAGGGUCCAAGAGGCUUGAUGUCGAGGACGGCAAGAUUGAGAUCUUCUGGGACCUGUCCGGCGCCAAGUUUGGUGCUGGGCCAGAGCCACUAGAGGGGUUCUACGUCGCCGUGGUGUUUGACCUUGAGCUGGUACUCCUGCUCGGCGACAUGAGGAAGGACGCAUUCCGGAAGACCGGCGCAAACAGGCCUAUGCUGAAUGCUGCAUUUGUGGCUAGGAGGGAGCACAUAUAUGGGAAGAAGAUUUACACAGCCAAGGCACAGUUCUGUGAAAAUGGCCAAUACCAUGAUGUUGUGAUAGAGUGUGACACCGUCAGCAUCAAGGAUCCGUGUCUUGAGAUACGGGUUGACAAGAAGCCUGUCAUGCAGGUGAAGCGUCUGGCUUGGAAAUUUAGGGGAAACCAGACAAUUCUUGUUGAUGGUUUGCCUGUGGAGGUGUUCUGGGAUGUCCACAGUUGGCUCUUUGGAUCGAUGACGAGCAAUGCGGUGUUCAUGUUUCAGACAUGCCAAGCACCUGAGAAGUCGAUGCCAUGGUCGUACUCGCAGAUUUUUAGGGAGUCUCAGUUGCAGUGUCUUGGUUUCUCGCUGAUCCUAUAUGCAUGGAAGCUUGAAUAGGCGCUUGCAGAAUCAUAAUUUGCUUCUGUGGCUGCAUCCUUUUAGUGCUAACGGGAUGUUUGUUGAGUGUCUGUUCUUGGGAAUGUUAUAAGGCUCUCCAAUAUAUGUUCUUUCUUUUUUUCAUUUUUGGGUUUUGCCAUCUUUUAUAAACAAUGUUUGAAUAGUUUGGCAA